AUGAACAAGUCGUACUUCAACUCGCCGGAGGCAAAGCGGGCGCGAGUCCUUGACUCGAUGGUAUCGGCGGCGGAGCGGUCGAACUUGCUGCAGGAGGCCGGCGCGGAGCACAUGCGGAGGCUCGAGCUCGCAGACGCUGAGCGGUUGGCCAUGGAGAAAGAGGAGCAUGCUCUGCGCAUGGCGAUCGGCAAGUCGGCUCUGGCGCUGCUCAGCAAGAUGGCCGGAGAGCCGCCGCCUCAGCUGUCUCCGCCACCAGCACCACCGACGCCAACGCCGCCACCGACGCACGAGCCAGGGUCUGUGGGCUGA